AAUCAAAUGUUAGCCUUCAUUGAAGUCAAUGUUUACAUUGAUUUAAAUAUUAAGUGAUUUAAGACAACAGCUAUGAGUCGUUUCCACACUUUUACCACAAAUGAGUCAUCAGAUGAUGACUCCGAUGACAGAGAGGACGGACAACUCGAUGAUGACUGUUGUGGUACUGAUAGUCAAUACUUGACAACAAACACAACAACUACUAUUCAAAUGAAUAAAACAUUGGACAUAAUGGACAAGAAAACUGAUACCAAAAGACCCAAUCGGUUCAGUAUUUGGUCCAAUAUUCUUCUAGAAGAAGAUCUUAAAGAUUCGAUGCAAACCUCAAUGGAUAUUAAUAAAAGAUUGCGGACAUCAAAAUAUGACCGAAAUUGUGAAAACUACUCGUUUUGGACCAAAAGCCAACUCGAAAACAAAGACAAUAAAGAAGAUAAUCAGGAAAUGUCACAAACAGUUGAUACUAAUCACAAUCAAAGCAAGAAAUCGUCAAAGAAAUCGUCAAAGAAAAAGAAAAUUAGGAAAAACCAAAAAGAUUUUGUGACCGAAAUGGCGCACAAACUUAAAGAACCGAAAGUGGAUCUCUUGAAAAGAGUAUUUGAGACAAUCGGUGAAUCAAAAAUGACAGAACUGUUUUCGGCUACUCUUGAUGUUGAGUCCAGCGGUGGACUCAUGACAUUGGAUGGCAAACGACGGCGAACUCCGGGCGGAGUAUUCUUUCAAUUACUCAAAAAUGACAAAAAGUUAAUGUGUGAGCUAACUGUGUUGUAA